AUGUCAGAUAACAAUUACUUAACAACUAGGCGUGAGUUUAAUGAAACUAAGAAGGCUUAUAUUAAGAGAAUUAGUGAAAAUAAUAUAAUAAAUUUCAUUCAUUGGACUGAGAUUGAUGAAAAAAUAGAAUUUGUUGAUGUUGGAGGUUCUGGAGUUAUAGCAAAGGCGAAAUGGAUAAAAAAGAACAUAAUUGUUGCUUUAAAAUCAGUGGCAAUUUAUGAAGAAACAAAUUCAGAUAACGAUGAAUUUAUUAAAGAGGCUUUUCAUAAUAUUGGAUUAGUACUUUCAAGUAUAACGGAUGAAGAAAAUAAAGAAAAAUCAUCUCCAGUAGGAUAUAAAAAUCAUACAAAAAAUGUAGUUAUUCAAAAGGAUGAUAAUGUUAUCAGAGCCAUUAUUACGGAUUUUGGACUUUCAAAAGUUCUUCCUCGUAAUAGUAAAUCAAAUCAGAAGUUAGCAGGAUGCGUACCAUUUGUAGACCCUAAGAUAUUAAAGGAUCCUAAUGAGACCCCUGAUAAAAGUUCUGAUAUAUAUAGUCUUGGCGUCGUUUUGUGGGAAAUCACAAGUAAUGGCCGGCCUCCGUUUGACAAUUGUAAUCUCGUUUCAAUUUCACUCCAAAUAAUGAAUGGAAAGCGGGAAGCCCCAAUAAAUGGGACCACUAACUCCUAUAUUGAGCUUUAUACAAAUUGCUGGGAUGAGAAUCCUGAGUCACGACCAGAAAUUGAACGAGUAAAUGAAUUAAUACAUCAAGAAAAGAUAAUAUCAGGUGAAAAGUGUAUUUCUGAUACAGAAAUUGGUCAAAUGCCAUACAGAAAGAAAAAAUCUAAUAAAAUCAAUAGCGAACAAAUUUCUAAGAAACUGCUUGAGAUGUUUGAACUACUUUCUAUUAAUGACCUUGAUAUGUUUGAGAAACUUUCUGCUAAAGAUCCUGGUUAG